AUGAGCGAGAGCAGCGCGGCGACGGCCACGGCGACAGCGGCAGGCGUCAGCCUGAAGCAGCGCCGGACAGCGGCCGACGCAUCGCAGCCGUCCGUCGCGCCGGACGCCGGCAACGCGAUUAAAAAUACCGACGCGUUGAAGGACAAGGCGAAGCCACGUGGCGCGUCGCCGCGCCGGCGGUCCGGCUGGCUCGUGCUGGUGCUCGUGGUUCUGGUGGCGGCAGCGGCGGGCGCGGGUUAUUAUUUGUGGCGGGAAUACAGCGAGUAUAGCGUGAUUGAAGACGAGGAGUUCGAGAGCGAGCCGCCCGUCGAGAAGGCCGCGACGCGGUCCAACCCGCGGAAAGCCCAAUGGCAAGCCGAUAAGCUGUGGAGCGCGGAGGAGCUGGCCAAGUACAACGGGUCGACAAAGGGCCUUCCGCUGCUGCUGGUCAUUCUGGGGGACGUGUUUGACGUGACCAAGGGCAGGAAGCACUACGGCAAGGGGCAGGGGUACAACCACUUCGCUGGCAGGGAUGCCACGAGGGCAUUCGUCUCAGGCAAUUUCUCAGGUGACGGCUUAACGGACGACCUGACGGGGCUGUCAGGGGAGCAGUGCAUCGGCAUCGCUGACUGGCGGGACUUCUACUUCAAAACCUACAUCCACGUGGGCAAGCUGGUGGGGCGGUUUUAUGACGAGCAGGGGAAGGCAAGAGAUGCGCUGGGCGAGUUUGACGAGCUGCUGAAGGAGGGCAAGCGGCUGAGAGACGUGGCCAAGGUGGCUGAGAAGAAAUACCCCGGCUGCAACUCGCGGUGGGCUCAGAACGAGGGCGGCAAGGUGAGGCCUCUCCCUCCCUACUACAACCCUCUCUCCGCUCCUCUCACCCCUCUUCUCAUAAGUUGGCCCUGGCUUCCCUCCAGAGGCGGAGGGCAGGCAGUGAGUUCUCCUGGAGGAGAUGGUGUCCCCCGUAAAAUUCCCCGAAUCCCAGAAGCGGAGGGGGACCAGUGGGGGUCAGUGAAAACACGCGCUGCGUGUGCUCUAACCUCCUCAGUCUUUCCUCUCCCCCGUCAUCCCCUCCAUCUCUCUCUCCCGCUCUCCCAGGUGUGGUGUGACAGUGGUGUGCCGCGUAAAAUCCCCCGAAUCCCAGAGGCCGAGGGAGGCCCGGUGGGGGGCAGUGAGGACACGCGCUGUGCGUGCUUCACCAAGGACCAGCUCACCUCGCGCUCAGACCUUCAGGAGUACGAUGGGUGCGACCCUGCCAAGUGCGUCACUCCUCUCCCUCCACAUCCUCCUUCCUCCAUCCCUCUAUCCUUCCCCUCUCCCUCUCGCCCUCUCUCCCAGGUGUGGUGUGACUCUGGUGUCCCUCGCAAGAUCCCCCGAAUCCCCGAGGCAGAGGGCGGGCCAGUGGGGGGCAGUGAGGACACGCGCUGUGCGUGCUUCACCAAGGAGCAGCUCGCCUCGCGCUCCGACCUUCAGGAGUACGAUGGGUGCGACCCUGACGCCACCAAGUGCAUCUCCUCCCCUCCUGAAGACCCCAAUGCUGCCUCUCUAGGGGAUGGGGCCAUUUCCACCCACUGCACGCCACCCCCCAUCGGACCUCCUACUGCUGCGUCACCUCCUCCCACCCACCUGCUCAACCCUCGUACCAAAUCUCACUUGCCUUUCUCCCUUUCCCCUGCACCUCUUGUACCACCCUCACUCCCUCCACCAGCCAUUUCCAGCCGCUGUGCUGCUGCCACUCGCCGUCUAAACUCCUCCUGUCGCUGCUUCACCUCCUCCUCGCGCACCUCCCCAGGUUCCAACGUUAUACCGUCCCUCACCCCCCUUUCUCCCCCUCAACCACGCCUCCCAUGCCUCCCUCCCUACCCCCACCAGCCAUUUCCAGCCGCUGUGCGUCUGCCACUCUCCGUCUGA